CCUCGUCCGUAUCUUUAUAGAUCGGGCAGAUGGGCCCACGAGCUCUCGUGGUUGCAUUGAUCGAUCGUCAGCAUGAACGGCUGUUUUGAUGGAAGGACACGUGCUUGUAGCUGUUUCGUGAUCGGUCGUAUCUCGUGCGUGGCGCUCGAUGCGACAAAGUAUGCGGUCGCGAUUCCCUAUGCCUUGGGAUUUGAAACGACGCUUAGAAAUCUUUGAAAAUCUACUGGCAGGCGGAACGAUGAUCACUCUUUCUCUACAUCUUCGUUUCUUCCACCUUUCACUCGAUUGACUGUUUCUUCGAUUCUGAUGGCUUACCAUCCGUUCGUCAGCCAUAUUCCAUCGCAAGCCACAGAGGAAGACCUUUUAAGACUCCGUGCCACGUAUCAUAUCCUUGACUAUGUUCUCAUGCGUCUUCCGACUGAGGACAAAAGGAUAGACACCCCGCCGCUUGGGUGGUUUUUGUCAGUGUUGCUCCAGCAUAACUGGCUCCCAAGGCGUGAGGGAUUUUGAUGGGGCUGGCCAUCGUUUACCCGAACUUGAAAGGAGGUGAGAAGAUGUCUCUCAUGCUAUUGUCCACCCUAACCCUUAUGAAGUCCAUCAGGGGUUUUCACAGGUUCUACAGCCUAAGUUAUCAUUGUGGGACGCUCUUCAGCAUUCCAUCUUUGACCAAGAACUGGAAGGAUCAUUGGUCCCUCGUUGGAGAUCGACGGCUGGUCAGUGAUGGCUCCGUGGUGGGGUGCGUGGCCAGUUGCUUCAGGGAUAACAUAUUUCCGGGAGGGGCCCCUCUUGUUGUGUCUCGAUCAGAAAACGUCUUGAAGAAGAUUCUGGCCAUCCCUAUGAUCGAGAGGGUCCCUACCCUCCUUAUUACGGACGAUAGGUUGGCCAAUCAUCGCCUGGUUAGGGAUCACAAUGGUCCGACUAGAGGCAAUGACAAACGUCUGACCCCUCUCGAGGCUUCAGUAGGUAAAACCGCGAGCCUUUCUUCUUUGUUUAGUUGUGGCUUGCUGAAGUUUGUCGGUACGUCUGUAUAAGUUUAGCGAAGCCACCAUCUGUUUCUCCUACAAGGCGGGAGUUAGUUAUCUGGCCCCUUCUCCAGAUUGGGCAGGCUUCAUUUGGCGGUUUGGGCAGCAGUAGGAACGCUGCAUCAACCAGUGUUGUAGCCCUUGCCUCUCCAAGUCCUU